AUGGGCGAACUCACAAUCCCCAAAAACCAACCCGACGACCCGCCCGCCUGGCGUCCCGAUCCGGACCGUCUAACCAUAAUGCAGCACCGGAUCUCCGACCCGCCCCGAAUCCUGACCCGGUCUGCCGGACGGAGCUCGUGCUCCAUCUUCACCGUCCCCACGACCCUCGCCGCGGCCAACGACGGCCGGGCAUACCGUCCCCAAAUCGUCUCCGUCGGACCCUACCACCACGGAGACCCGGGCCUCCGCAUGAUCCAGGAGCACAAGUGGCGGCUCCUUGGGGCCCUGCUGGACCGGGCUCGGGUCGGGCUUGAGGACCUUCUCCGGGCCGUGCAGCCGCUGGAGGCCCAGGCCCGGGACUGCUACUCGGCCGCGGUCCACGUGUCGGUAGACGAGUUCGUGGAGAUGCUCGUGGUCGACGGGUGUUUUGUGGUUGAACUCUUGAGGAUUUUUGGGGGAUUUGUCGUGUCAGAGGCGGGUGACCCGUUAACGUCGCUUUCGUGGGUUUACCCAUUUUUCCUGAGGGAUUUGGUCCGGCUCGAGAAUCAGAUCCCGUUUUUCGUGCUCGAGUGUUUGGUCGAGGCGACCCGGGAGAAGGGGGUCAGGGAUGGGGAUGGGUCGGGUCCGGGCCUGCCCGAGCUCGUGCUCAGGUUCUUCAAUAAUGCCUUGCAGAGGCCUGAUGACUUUGUUGAGAGGUAA